AUGGCAAUGACCAACCCUUUGCCUACAGGCCCAUGGAAGAUCACAGUGUACGACCAGGAGCACUUCCAGGGCAAGCGUGUGGAGUUCACGGCUAGCUGCCAGAACAUCAUGGAAUGCGGCCUGGACAACAUCCGAUCCCUCAAGGUGGAGUGCGGCGCCUGGGUAGGCUACGAACAUUCGAGCUUCUGCGGCCAGCAGUUUGUCCUGGAGAAAGGAGACUACCCUCGCAUUGAGGCCUACAGCGGCAGCAACUCCUACCGUAUCGACAGGAUGAUCUCCUUCAGGCCCAUCUGCUGUGCUAACAGCAAGGAAGCUCGCAUGACCAUCUACGAGCUGGAGAACAUGAUGGGCCGCCAGUUUGAGCUGUCGGAUGACUACCCCUCCCUGCAGGCCAUGGGAUGGUUGAACAACCAGGUUGGAUCCAUGCAAAUCCAGAGUGGAGCAUUCGUGUGUUACCAGUUUCCCGGCUACCGAGGGCAGCAGUACAUCAUGGAGUCGGACUGCCGGGGAGGCGAGUACAAGUCCUACAAGGAGUUCGGCUCCCACGCUCAGACCCCCCAGAUCCAGUCCAUCAGGAGGAUCCAGCACUGA